AUGCAAAACAAUGAAGAAUUAUCUGCAGAUUUGUUAGAUCUUUAUGAAGUUUUAUUCUUUUUACAAACACCAAAUGAGUUUUUUAAAGAUGAUGAUUUUGAUAGUAAUGCUAAUAUUGUAGAAUUAACUAAUAAAAUCGAUGCAAUUACUCUAGACAAUGAAAACCAAAUUAAUAAAGAAAAGGCUAGAAAAAGAAGAAAAGAACAUGGAAAUAAAGAAGGAAAAAAUAUAGCUUCAGAAAAAAAAGCUAAAAUAUUUUCACAGUUAUCUCUAUCACCUGAUUUUAGUUACUUAAAGCAUAAUGUACCAUUUUAUCAAG